UCACAAACUAGUAGUAUUUGUUCCGAUAUUUCACAGUUAUAUAAUGAUUCUUUCCAUAAACAUAUAUAUACACAUGCCUUGUGAUUACUGAAACAUCUUAUCUUCUCCGAUCACCACAUUAUAUAACUGGAUACUUGAGUUGCAUUGGAUUAUGAAUGGAUUAAUUAGCGGUUUAGUUCAUACCACGUUGAUGCUGGUGAAUAAGGAGGAAGAUGAUGAGGCUGAAGAAGAAGUUGCUGGUGAUGAGUCACUUUGGUGUCAGGCCAAGGCAGGCCAGAGAUUGUCGUGUCCGAAAAACAUGAACAUUUUGAGUGUCAUCGGGCAUCAGGAUGCAAGGGAUCUGAAAGUGGUUUGGGGUUCCGACUCUCGUUACUGGAAAUGGAAGACUAUGCAAAUUGGUGGACUUAAAAUGGAAGUCGCGGAAUUAAAGAAUGUGUGCUGGCUGGAAAUCAAUGGGAAAUAUGCAAUGAAAAACCUUACGGGAGGAUCGGACUACCAGGUGAAAUUUGUUGUGAAGCUCUUGAAAAAAUUUAACAUUGACAAACCAGUGACCUUUAGCCUGACUACUCCGCGGGGAUGCAAGCAAGAACAUACUGAGAACAUGAUGGAGAUGCCGAGAAACAAGAUCAUUACCAUCACUGCCGGGGAAUUUGAGGUCCCCUGGAAUACUUAUGGAUGCGGGGAGAUAAGCUUCAGUAUGAUGAACACUGAUGGGUUCUGGAAGCGUGGCUUGGUUGUUAUUGGAGCCCUUGUUCUGCCUAAGGUUAAUUGGUAAAAUAUGUAAUGGAAAUCAGCUGUAUAAUAAUGGUGGCUUGAUAUUCAUGCAAUAUCAAUUCAAUUAAAUGAAUAAAAUAAAUGAGUGGUUGGUUUACUAUUUA